ACAUAAAAUAUUCUAGAAUCUCAGUCAAGCUGAAUUAUUACACAAAUUAUAGAUUACAUGUGCAACUGUGCAUGAAAAACUACACACAUAUAUAGUGGGCAGAUAACCUCUGAUUAUUGUGUGAAGCCUAUGAUUCUGUACAAUAAUCAUGAUCAAAAAAAAACUUCUCAAUAGUAAUUUCCCUGUUUAAUGCUGUCAAUUGCUGAAAAAUUUCGAAACAUUUUUUCAGUGUUCUUCCAUGGAAGAAGUACUCUAUUACACUGUGGAAAAGUUUCCGUCCUUGAAUUUGUUAAAGCUAUUUUCUUAGAAAUAUUUUUUUUUGAUUAGACAGACUGUGAUAUACUGUGAAAAAGUUGUUCUUCGAAACUAUUUGUGUUGUGGAGUUUAUACAAAAUCCGUCUUUUACAUUCAAAGAAAACAUUGAUCAUAUUUCUUCUAGUUGUUCAAAGUUUUGCCUGAACUUACAGCUGUCAACCAAGAUACAAACCUUGUCUAAGCUGUAGACAUUGACAAUUUCCUUCAUGGAAAUGUGCUAUGGGUUUUUCCAAUAGUAUCGUCUGAAUAGUUUUAACCUACGGUGCGUUUAAGUGAAUGAGAUUUUUGGAAGAUAUCCAUAAAACGUUUCAACGUCUUUCUUGAAUCGAGAUUGAGAAAAUAGUUUCUGUUGCUACUUCACUAUUAGUCUCUGUUGGAAAUCUAAACGAUUAUCUGUUAAAAUUUCCGAACUAUGAAACAUUAAGUUACCAUUAAAAACUUCUAAAAACUAAUCGUGAUUUGUGAAAAACUGUCAUGGAUAUGUUUUCUGGUUCAGUGCUACUUCUCCUUUUGAGCUUAAUAGUUUAUGUGGGAUCCGAAUCACCACCGAUUGUGGAGCUGAGCUAUGGUAAGUUGCAGGGAGACUUCAUUGUGGCGAAAGAUGGAACAAAGUAUGAGGGAUUCAUGGGCGUUCCCUAUGCUAAACCACCAGUCGGGGAGCUGAGGUUUGAGGAGCCGCAACCAUUAGCUAAUUGGACAGGUGUAUUCAAUGCUUCAACUCCGGGAGGUGAUUGUAUCCAGUUCUCACACCUCAAAUACAAAAUUAAAGGAAAUGAGGACUGUCUUUAUUUGAACCUAUAUAGACCAUUGAAUGGUGUAAACCGAACUGAUCUAAUGGAUGUGAUAGUUUUCAUCCACGGAGGAGCUUUCAUGUUCUUGGGCAGUCAAUACUACAAAUCUGUUGAGCUUGUCAAGAAGAAUUUCAUAGUUAUUGCAUUCAACUAUAGGCUAGGACCAUUCGGUUUCCUGAGUACUGGCGAUGAGAUAGUUCCAGGCAAUAUGGGUUUGAAAGACCAGGUUGCAGCUCUGAAAUGGAUUCAGGAGAAUAUUCGCCAUUUCGGAGGGAAUCCCAACAGUGUAACAAUCAGUGGAAUGUCAGCUGGAGGCGCCAGUGUUCAUUUUCAUAUGUUGUCACCGCUAUCAAAAGGUCUAUUCAGCAAAGCGAUUUCACACAGCGGAGUGGCAACAAACCCGUGGGCAGUAGCCGAAGCUGGCCAUGAAAAAGCCAAAAAACUAGCUGCCUCUCUACAAUGUCCCACUGACAAUACAACUGAAAUGAUCAGCUGUCUCAAGUCCGUGCCUGGAAAGGAUAUUGUUGAGAAAGUUCCAACUUUCCAGGAAUUCCUGUAUGCUCCGUUCUCGCCGUUUGGACCUGUUGUCGAGCCUGGAAAUGCUGACAAUGCAUUUUUGCCUUCUCACCCCUCGAUUGCAAUCAAAAACACAACUACAAAAGUUCCUUGGCUUGUGGGAUUUACCAGUGCUGAAGGUCUUUAUCCGGGUGCUGAAUUCGUCGAAAACGAAGAUUUCAUGAAGUCGCUGGAGGCCAACUGGACCAAAAUGGCUCCUCAUUUAUUGGAGUAUAACUAUACAGCCGAGCCCAGUACAAUGGACGAAGUUUCCAAUGAAAUCAAACGAUUCUACUUUUGUGAUAAAACUAUCAAUGAAAAGCCUUUGCAAAUCAUUAAUUUGCUCUCCGACCGCCAUUUUGAAUCGGGGAUCGCCCAAUCCGUGGCCACGUACGCACUGUACAGCACCCGCCGUGACACUCCCGUCUAUCUCUAUAAAUUUUCUUACAAAGGAAAUUUUUCUGCAACGAUUGCUGAGCUUACCAGGAAUGAUUAUGGUGUCAAUCAUGGCGAUGAUAUCCUGUAUGUGUUCGACAACCGUUUUUUCGAUGACAGAGCAACUGAUAAAGACAAAGAAAUGCGUGAGAGAAUGAUUAACAUGUAUGAUUCGUUUAUAAGGAAGAGGGCUCCUCAAUUCUUUGACGGAAUCCCUCUACCUCCAGUUCAGCUACAUCUUCUUGAGGGAUUGAAACUCCUGGAAAUCAUCUCCCCUGACAGCACCAAAGAAAUAAUUUCCGAAAAUUUGGGCAAUGUGAGGUUUUGGAUGAAUUUGCCUUUGAAAGAAAUUGUGAGACAUCCUGUACCAAGACCUACCGAUUGUCCUCCAUAUUAUUAUUAUCCCCAUUCAGUAACAAUUAUGCGCUCUGAAAACAUGUUUUAUUUAUAUUUCUCCACAAGUGUUAUUUACUUAUGUUUUUCCACGACUAUAAUCACCAGUUAUACUCCGAGAGUGACUUUCGGUGAAACAGAAAUAGUGGGAAAGCUCAAGAAAGGAUCAAAGUAUACCUAUGAGGAGUUUCUGGGGAUUCCCUAUGCUAAGCCACCGGUUGGAGAGCUGAGAUUUAAGGAGCCGGUGCCUUACAACAUAACAGGAGAUAUAUUCUCAGCUACCAAAUAUGGGAACACCUGCAUCCAAUAUUCUAUGGACUAUAAGAUUCGUGGCUCAGAAGACUGCCUUUAUUUGAACAUUUACAGACCUCAAAUAACAAUCCUUUCCGAGGCUAAGCCACUGGAUGUCGCUGAACCACUGGAUGUGAUAGUAUUCAUCCACGGAGGAGCAUUUAUGUUCGGAAAGCCAAGUCCUUCAUACAAACUGUUGCAUCGUUACUCAAUGGUGAGAGGGGAUUUGUAUGCCAUCUAUGUCAGUUUCAACUAUAGGCUCGGUCCAAUCGGAUUCAUGAGCACAGGAGACGAUGUCCUUCCUGGGAAUUUGGGAUUGAAGGACCAGGUGUUGGCUCUGAAAUGGGUGCAGGACAACAUUCACUAUUUCCACGGCAAUCCAUGCAGUGUUACAAUAGCAGGUCUAUCGGCUGGAGCUGCGUCUGUUCAAUUACACUUAAUGUCGCCAUUAUCUAAGGAUUUGUUCCAUCGAGCUAUAAUGAGCAGUGGAUCAGCUCUGAACCCGUGGGCUCUGGCCAAAGCAGUUCCUAACAAGACACAACAGAUAGCAGCCUCUCUCAACUGCGACACUCACGACUCUAACGAAAUGGUGCAGUGUCUCAGAACCAAAAAAGCUAAGGAUAUUGUCGCGCAAGUGCCGAAAUUCAUGAAAUUCCUCUACAUUCCUUUCUCACCAUUCGGACCAGUUAUUGAGUCUCCAGUUUCGCCAGGGUCUUUUCUCACUCAACAUCCGUAUGAUCUGUUGAAAGCAGGUGAAGUAACGAAGGUUCCGGUCAUUAUUGGAAUGGUGACCGGUGAAGGACUUUAUCCCGUUGCAGAAUUCAUCAACGAUGAGGAAAUCCUAGAACAAUUGGACUCAAAUUGGGCCGAUAUGGCAUCAUAUUUGCUUGAUUUUCACUACACUCUAGACGGUAACGUCCUUGAGCAAAGUAUGGCGGCUAUAAGACAGGAGUACCUGCAGGGAAAAUCAGUUCCUAAUGCUAUACAAGGACUGGUUAAGUUGGUUGGAGAUCGUUUGUUUGGCUCUGGUAUAGCUGAAAGUGCCCUCAUGUAUGCUGCAGUCUCAGACCAACCAGUAUUCAUGUAUAGAUUCGGCUAUAGUGACAAUAAAAGUUUAUCAGAAGUUUUGAAGCUGAGUUCGGCUGAGAGCAGUCAGUUUGGAGUAUCGCAUGGGGAUGACUGUCUUCUAUAUAUUCUUGAUGUUGAUGGAUUCAAAGUCGAUUCUCAAAUGUCUGAAAUAAUGACACGGAUGUGGGGUCAAUUUUCUUCAAACAGGCUACCCGAACUUGAAGAUCAGAUAUUCUUACCAGACAUGCGUGAGACAUUACCCGGACUGGGAUACCUGGAAAUAGAGUCACCCUCCAAUUUGCAUGUGGCAAGCACCGAUAAUAUGUCCAAUAUGCGAUUUUGGCAUCAAUUUCUUCUGAACGAAAAGUCCACAUUCGAAGGAACUUCGACAGAAGAUGGAGUCAGCAGAAAACCAGGAGAAUUCAUCAUUUUUCUCGAAAUAUCGAUAUUAUGUUAUUGUGUACUCAUUGUAUUUAUGAUUAUAAGGUACUUCAUAUGUCCAAUUCUUCGAUCAACUUCAUCUUUAUACAAUAAAUAGAAUCCAAAAUUCACGUUUUCUAAUGAAAUCAGAAUUACAGGCCCUCUUAUAAUUGAUCACUUAUAAUUACUUGAAGAAUCUGGCUUAGUUUAUCAAUAAUUCCACCAGGUAUACAAUCUGGCUGAAUAGGAAUCUCAAGUGUUUAUUGGCUCCCGGAUUGAACUACAUUAUGUGUUCAGCCCACAGGUCCAAUAUUAGUGCAGCGAAAUCAUUCAUUCCAAUUGUAUUUUAAGGAGAGUUAGUUGUAUGCAGUUAUUUUGUGUUCUAUAUCACAAUAAAGUAAUAUUUUG